AUGAAGGCUGACGAGCUCGUCGCCGCCUCGACCUCCCUCGACGGAGACUUCAAGUCCAUCGAGCCCCAUCUCCUCCAACUCGGGAAGCACUUGACGCUAAGAACGUACCUUUCCGGAUACUCUCUGAGCGACCUCGACGCCAAGGCAUGGGACGCCAUCAAGAGUAACCGCGUCGCCGUUUCUUUCUUCACCUACAUUGAACAGGUUCACACCGAGAUCCAAGUCGAAGCCAAAGCUGCCGACUCGGCGCGAAAGACUAAACCCCAAGCCGCUAGUCGAGCUGGUGCGAGUUACAAUCUCGCUCUACGGGCCGAAAAGGGCGUCGUUACCCGGUUCUUGCCCGAGCCUUCCAAGGAGAAGGAGGAAUACCAGGAUGCCAUCAUCGAGGAUCUCGCUCUCAUGGGCGUCAAGCCCGAUACCGUUACCUAUACCUCAGAUUACUUCGAUCACCUCUAUGAAACUUGCCUAACCCUGAUCAAGCGCGGGAACGCCUACGCUGAUGACACCGACGUGGAAACGAUGCGCGACGAGAGGGGAAAGGGUAUCGCAUCCAAGAGGCGAGGCCGGACGAUUUCUCUCAACAACCCGAACAAAGCCAUGCGCGACCCCGUCAUCUAUCGGUGCAAUACGAACGGCCCUCGCCACCGGACUGGCACCAAGUGGAAGAUCUACCCCACUUACGAUCUUGCGUGCCCCGUUAUUGACAGCCUGGAGGGAGUCACCCACGCUCUGAGGUCAACCGAGUACACAGAUCGCAACCCCCAGUUCCAAUGGCUUCUCGACACGCCGAAGCUCCGUCAAGUGCACAUGUGGGACUUCGCCCGCAUGAACUUCAUUCGGACCUUUUUAUGCAAGCGAAAGCUGGCCAAGCUCGUCGACAACGGCAAAGUCUGGGGUUGGGACGACCCGCGGAUGCCCACCAUCCGCGGUGUCCGGCGACGAGGGAUGACCAUUGCUGCGCUGCGUGAUUUUAUUCUCAAGCAAGGCCCCUCGAGGAACGUCGUGUCCAUGGACUGGUCUAGUUUUGGGGCCGCAGACAAAAAGGAAAUCGACCCUGUUGCGCCACGACACACCGCCAUUCUCAAGAAAGACCACGUCAAGGUGUCCGUCACGGGAGACGAGGCACCUGCGGAGCCACGUUCCGAAGAAAAACCCCUGCACACCAAGAACCCUUCCGUUGGAACGAAGAAGGCGGCAUACAGCAAGGAAUUAAUACUGGACCAAGCGGAUGCGAAGUUGUUCAAGGACGGUGAGGAGAUUAUUCUGAUGCAAUGGGGCAACGCGAUCGCGAAGACCACGACUGGCGGUGACCCGAUUACCAGCCUGACCUGCGACCUGAGCCUCAAAGGAGAUGUUCGCACAACCGAAAAGAAGGUCACCUGGCUCUCAGCGCAAGGACAGAAGCUGAUCGACGCGGAGCUCUCGGAUUUCGACUACCUGAUCACCAAAAAUAAGCUUGAGGAGGACGACGACUUGGAGCGGUUCCUUAACCCGGUCACUGCUACCAUGGAGGAAGCCUACUGCGACGAAGGCGUGGCCAAGCUUAAGAAGGACGAUAUCAUCCAGUUAGAGCGCAGGGGAUACUACCGCGUAGACAAGGGCUACGAGGAGGGUGACGAGAAGAAUGUUGUCCUAUUCUACAUCCCCACGGGUAAGAGCAAGUAG